AUGGAGGACGGCACCCAGCAUCUGGGACACUGCAUGGUUGACAUGAAGGAGCUGAGCGCCAACCCUGAAGGACUGAGCGCUGCCGGUGUUAUUCUAACACCCAAGCUGCCUCAGGUGGAGUUCAGCCUUGCCUGUAAUGAUCUGGUGGCCUCAGGCAGAGACAGGAAGCCCAAUGCUUUGGUCCAGGUGGCUGUCAUAGAUCCCCACAAGCAGCACCUUGUGUCUCACGCCUGCACAGAGAUAGUUGAGGCGAACAAAGACCCGCUGUUUCUGACGGGGGUGACCUUCCCCUCAGAGUAUCCUGCUAGCCCCGAGACCCUAGUCAAGCUAACGGUGUAUGAUGCAAAGGACAAGAACCAGGAAUCUGUGAGUUCACAACUAAGACCUUUAGCCUUGAGUUUUGGAGGAAAAGGGUAUGCAGACUUCGACGAGUAUCUGAACAUGGCAGCCCGUCCUUUGGCACCGAUCCCAUGGGAACACCAAUCGGGACAUCAGUGGGAAUUGGAAAGAGAGCCAGACAUAGAAUCCCGAAUGGGCUGGGCCCUCUGA